UUAUAAUAUAUAUGUUAUAUAUAGGUGUAUUUAAUUUGUAGACUUGUAGUUAGCACGUAUGUCUUGCUGUAUUAGUUAGUAGUUAAUUGCAUCAAAUUAUAAAGUAUACAACGAUGAACGAGCGGCCGAAAGAAAUCAUGAAGGCUUAUUUCGUUGUUUUUCUGUCAUUUUUUAUCUUCACCAUUUUAAGUUUGACGAGUGCGAUCUAAGACUCACUAUCUAUUCGCGAAUUUUACUUCACUAACCUAACCGGGGUGCACAGGAAAACACCGUUGAAUCGAUCAUAUUAUUCUACUAGUUCUGCUUGUAGAAUACAUAUAUAUAUAUACAUAAUAUUCGUAACGUCUACUGCAAAUUCGAAUUAAUAAUAUGAUAAAGUAUAAUUAACAUAGAAUGUUUAGUUGGAAAAAUGAUUGCUAUGGAGGUAAUGGAACUGUUCACAUCGUUAGAAUCCAACAUUCCUAAAGAAGUAGAAGUUGUAAAACACAAAUUUCAUGAACAAUUUAAUAUCGUAAAAGAACCAUGGCUGUUAAAUGGAAUGUAUGAUUAUUUUAUGUCAACUGGAUCACAAAGAGCUGUAGAAGUAUUAGUGGCUGUCAGGGAACCACAUGACAAGUAUCUUUUUGAUAGGCUUGUUGAUGGCUUACGAAGUACAAAUCGUCUUCAAGCACUUACAUUACUGGGUCACGUAGUAAAAAGACAACCAACAUGGUUGAUUAAAAUUACAAACCAUCAUUUACUCAAGGAAUUAAUAAAACUUUUAAAGUCCGAAAAUGAAAUAAUUACUAUUACUAGUGCUUUACUUGCUCUUAAUGUACUUUUGACUGUUAUUCCUGCACUUAUUUCUUCAUUUCUACCUGAUAUUUUUGAAGGAUUUAGUCGUUUGGCGGCUUGGAAUACUUCUCAAAAAAACAAAGUUCCGGAAAUACAUUUAUUCCAUCUUCAAAUAUCAUUAUAUGUAUUAUUUGUUCAGCUAUAUAGUAUGUAUCCAUGUUCAUUUGUUUUAUAUUUAAAGCAACAAUAUAGUACGCCUGAUUUAGUUUUCACUCAUACAAUUAAACCCAUGAUAGAAACAAUGCGUAUGCAUCCAAGUUUAAUUGUAAGCAGCAAAGAUGUGGAAACAUCAGUUCAUAGGUGGAAAAAAAUGGAGCAACAUGAUGUUGUUAUGGAAUGUACAAGAUAUACUCUAUUGGAAAAUGGGGAUAGAAAUUAUCAAAAUCCUUCAACUUGGACAAAUGCGGGGUCAAAUUUUUCAUCAGCUCUUGAAAUUUUAAAAUCAAGUAUUGGAGCAACUGGAGAUAUUAUUAGUGUUAAUAGUGUCAGAGACAAAGAAUUGUGGAGUCCAAUGUUAUAUUGUGGUGAAUUUGAUAAAGAUACUGUUAAAUCUAUUCCUACAACUCCAAAUAUACAGAAUUACUAUAAGCCAUUGAUGUGCAACCAUAAUGAACAUUCACCUCCAGAAGCAGCUAUCGAAGCCACCCCAGAAACAACUCCAAUCAGGGAUGUUUUAUAUCAACAAUCGAGGUUGCCAUCUAUAAACUCGACUGUAGUCAGAGCAUUGAAUUCAUUUGGUUUAGACAAUUUACCUAGACGUAAUUCAUCAACACCAAAUUCUCAGCCUAGUUCGCCAUUGAAAAAAGAAGGGUUUAUUUUUCCUACCGAAGAUAUCCAAUCACAGUCACUUGUUCGUAGAGUGGACAGAAUGAUAAUGGAACGUAAUCAGAUAACAGAUUCAAUUAAAGAUGAAAAUAAUGUACGUUCUGAAUCAAAACCUAUUGCAGCUCAAAUUCAACUACCAAAUAAUCCUGAAAUAUUACAAACUGGAGACGAUGAUAUCAUUGAAUGUGAUCAACAGAGUAAUGGGUCACCAUGUCAAACUUAUGAGGGUGGAUUACAUAUGCCUGAUUCUACUUCUUUAAAAGAAUUUGUAAUGAGUGUUCGAACACGAAGACGUUAUCAUAGUCAAUGUACUCCAGAGAAAACUAUAAAUGUUACUGGACAAAGUACUGAUAGCAGCCCUAAAAAAGGACCGGAAUUUUCAUUACUUAGUGUUCGAAGAGCAAAUUCAUGUCCCGAGAUUAAAAAAACCAAUGGGAGUAGUAUUUCUUCUGGCACUUCACCAUUACAAGAAGAAACUGAAGAGGAUCAUCAUGGAGAUGGUAUAAAUAUUAGUAAUGGCCAUGUUACUUCACUACCAAAAAAAAAAUCAAAAAAUGAUAUUAAUAUAACUAAUGUACAGACGGUUUCCACUCAAACAGAUCAUAUUUUACCUUAUGAACAUUUGUUUUAUAGCAUAUUUCCUGCAUAUAAUAAUGAUCCAAACAAUAUAGGUGGUAAAAAUCAACAAAACAUUUUUAAUAAUCAAGAAGAUGAGUCUUUAUGUUUAAUUGAAAAAUAUGUGCGCACAUCGGCAAUAGUUCUUAAUCAUCGCCAUACAGCACAAUCUAGUGAUGACGUCAAAUUAUUGCAAGACCAAAUCGCUUUGUUAACAUUACAAUUACAGUUUGAACGUAACCGUAGAGAAGUUCAUGCAGAACGAAAUCGUAGACUUUUAGGUAAAUCAAGAAGUAGUCGAGCUGUUGAUGAACACAAUUCUGCUCUGAAAGAUCAAGUUUUAAAAUUACAGAUUGAAAUUGAAGAUGGAACUUCAGGGUUUGAAAAAUUGAGGCAAGACUCAUUAAAACAAGUUAAAGACCUUAAAGAGAGAGUAUCACAUUGGCAAACGGAAUGUUCAAAAUAUCAAGAGGAAACUAAAGAAGCUAAAAAUAAAUGCCUAUCAUUAGAACAGCUUUAUAAUGGGGAGAGACUGAAGACUGCUGAGGUUACUAAACAAUUAUCUGAGACUAAAGCAGAGCUGUUCAACACUUUAAGUGAACUAACUAUUGUGCAAGCAACCGCUAACAUUAGUAAAGAACUAAAAAAUACAGUGAUAAAUUUGCAACGCGAACUAGUCAUGAGAGGUGAGAUGCAAUCUCAACAGCAUGAUGUUGUUUCUCAUGUAAAUGCUCUUAGAUAUGAUGCCAGCAAUGCUAUGUUGAGUCAAGAAUCAUACAAACAUAAUAUAAACGAGCUUCAAAAUAUGUUAUACCAUAAAUCUGCAUUGUUAGAAGCAUCAAACGCCCGUAUUGCUGAUUUAGAAUUGAAAUUAAAUAAUAAGAAUGCAUUUAUGCAAAAUGGUAAAUGUGAAAUAGAAAAGGUUAAACACCAAUAUAACAAAAAAUUAUCAGAGGUAAAAGAAGAAUGUAGAAUUUUGAAAGAAAUACAAUGCCAAAAUAAAGAAUAUAAAGAAGAAGAAGAAUCAAGAAAAAAAUUUAUGGAAGAACUACCUAAAUUCAGCUCUGACUUGGUUAUGGUGGACUCAAACACUUCAGUGAGUGAUCAAGAUGCAAACUUUAGGCUUAGUAUGAUGUUGGCGGAUAUUGGUGACAACUGUGACAACAUCCCCGUUAUACCUACAACUCCAAAGUAAACAUUAUGAUCUCAAUGGUACUGGAUACUUAACAUCAUUUAUAUAAAAGAUUUAAGUGUACAAUGUAAAGGAUAUUCAAUAAAACAAAGCUAACAUUUUUGUUAAAUAAUUAUCUACAUUAAUUAUACAUUUAUUUUUCAACAUGUUAAUAUUUUGUGUCUGUGGCAUCAGUAAAGUUAUUUUAUACAUAAUUUUUACUAUAUAUACACACGUAAAUGCAUGGUAUUCAAUUUAAGAAUUUGUAUUAUAUAAUUAUUAUAUAUUAUAUGUGUCUGAUUGAUUAGGUACUGAAUCGUUGUGUCCAACCAAUGAAUUUAAUUAUUGUCUUUGUAGGUUUUUUUACAUAAAUUAUUCAUUUUUAUACCUAUUGAUUUUUAUUUCCACUAUGAAAAACUAUUAUUUAAAAUGAAUAACCAAUAUGCACUUAUUGAAAAUGUAUUAUUGUAAAUGUCUUUUGAUAAGUUUGAAUUCAAAUGUAAAUGAAGAGUUUAUAUUUUUUGGUCUAUGUAUAGUAUGUUUAUGUAUUAAAUGACUAAUAAUUUCAAUGAAUUUAGAUGAAAAAAAUAGCUGUUCAAAUCUGUGGUUUGUAAAUGUUACAUGGUUAAUUGAAAUGUUAUCUCCUAUGGCCAUUUUAAACAUCUAUUUUAGCAAGACAAAUUUUACUAUCCUUUAAUGUACAGAAUGAUUUCAAUUAGACAUUUUAUUUUACAACCAUUGCAUACAGUCGUGCAUAAAUACAUAAUUAUUAAUGUUUUCACAAAUAAAUAACUCGUCUAAAAUCUAUUUCUAUAAUUGUAUUACAUUAAAAUUAAUGUUUCAAUAAAUGUUAUUUUUUUAU